UUGUUUAAAGGUAGGUAACUAAUAAUAUGUAAAUAAUAUUCUUGUUUUCUGUGUAGUUGACCUUGCUAAGUGCGAUGUGACGACGACGAGUAUUGUUAUUACAAACAUCUAAAAUAAAACUUCUUAUCAAAUUAUAUAGCCGCAAACAAUUGUCAGUCCGUUGAUAAAGUUUCUCAGUUAUUUAGUGAUUUUGCUCUUACAUAAAAGUUAAAACUUAGGUAUUUUAAUAUGUAUGGAAUUAAGACAUUUUUAAUUUUAAGAUCUACCACAAAAUUAACUGGUCUUUCUAAGAUAUAUUCAAUUUCUAAGGUUAUAUCUUGUGCUGCUUAUAGUACUUCUAUAAAGAGCAAAAUUGUUGCUGAUGUCAACGAAGCAGUGAAAGAUAUUAACGAUGGAUCAAAACUAUUGGUGGGAGGGUUCGGGUUGUGUGGUAUUCCAGAAAAUCUUAUCAAAGCAGUUAACAAUAAGAAAGUUACCGGACUCACAGUUGUCUCUAAUAAUGCUGGAGUUGAAGAUUUUGGCCUUGGAAUCUUGCUGAAGAGUAAACAAGUUAAGCGCAUGAUAUCAUCAUAUGUAGGAGAAAAUGCUGAAUUUGAAAGACAAUUUUUGAGUGGAGAGUUGGAGGUUGAACUUACUCCUCAAGGGACGUUAGCUGAAAGAAUAAGGGCAGGUGGUGCUGGUAUUCCUGCUUUCUUUACACCAACAGGCUAUGGAACUUUAAUACAUGAAGGAGGUUCACCAAUAAAAUAUAAUAAAGAUGGAAAGAUAGAAAUACCAAGUUCACCACGUCACGCACAAGUAUUUAACGGUAUCAAUUAUAUUAUGGAAGAAGCCAUUACCGGUGACUUUGCUUUGAUCAAAGCCUGGAAAGCUGAUCGAUUUGGCAACUUAUUGUUCAGAAAAACGGCACGCAAUUUUAACCCAACUAUGUGUAAAGCGGCCAAAGUUACAAUAGUUGAAGUUGAGGAAAUUGUUGAUGAAAUUGACCCAGACUUUGUCCACAUACCAUCAGUAUAUGUUCACAGAAUUGUGUUGGGUGACAAAUUUGAGAAGCGAAUUGAACGGAGAACGAUAGCCAAGCCGAAAGAAAACAAGGAAAAGAAGGCUUCAGACUUGGUCAGAGAAAGGAUUAUUAAAAGGGCAGCUUUGGAGUUCAAAGAUGGAAUGCAUGCUAAUCUUGGCAUUGGUAUGCCAAUGUUAGCAAGUAGCUUUAUCCCAAGCAAUAUGAAUGUGCUAUUGCAAUCUGAAAAUGGUAUCCUGGGUCUAGGACCAUAUCCAACGGAAAAUGAAAUUGACGCUGACCUUAUAAAUGCUGGAAAGGAGACUGUAACAACUCUUCCAGGUUCAUCAUACUUUUCUUCCGACGAUAGUUUUGCUAUGAUCCGCGGAGGACACAUUGACCUGACAAUGCUUGGUGCUAUGCAAGUUUCACAAUUUGGGGAUCUUGCUAACUGGAUGAUACCUGGUAAAAUGGUGAAGGGUAUGGGUGGUGCCAUGGAUCUUGUUUCAUCUCCUGGAACUAAGGUUGUCGUCACGAUGGAGCAUUCAGCUAAAAAUGGUGGACAUAAAAUUGUACCUGAGUGCUCAUUGCCUCUUACUGGAAAACAUUGCGUCGAUAUGAUCAUCACUGAGAAGUGUGUUAUGGAGGUAGAUAAAGAAAAAGGAUUGAUAUUAACUGAGUUGGCUGAUGGCGUUACAGUGGAAGAUGUUGUAGCUAGUACUGGAUGUGAAUUCCAUGUCUCACCUAAUCUAAAGAAAAUGGGAGACAUAACAGAGGUUAAUUCUGAAUAAUAUACUCAACUAAGAACUUGUACUUAAGUUAUAAUCUCAAAUUAACCAUGUAAGAAGCAUGUAUUUUGAAAAAAUGUUUGAUAUAUUUUAUAUAAUAUUAUAUAUUUUUUUACUGUGUAUUCUGCCAUGAUUUUAUGUUAUGCAUUUUAUAAAUGUUUUAUAAAGUUUAUUGUUAA